AUGAGCAUCAAGUGCAGCAAUGAAGGCUUAGAGAUCUAUGAGGCGAUACGAAAGAGCAAAAAGUAUCGCUACAUUAUCUUUCGCAUUGCUUCUGAUGCUUUGAUUGAGGUAGAAACUAUCGGACCCAGAGAAAGUGACUUUAAACAAUUUCUGGAAGAUCUAAUGCGAAAUGGGCCCACGGAGUGUCGUUACGGUCUCUUCGAUCUGGAAUAUACGCGAGUCUGUGACGUCACGCAGCAGGAAUUGAAGAGAGAGAAGCUGGUGCUGCUUUCCUGGUGUCCUAACAGUGCUAAGCCUAAAGGAACGAUACUCUAUCUGAGCUACUUGCAUCCAUUUAUGGAUCAGCUGAAGGGCAUACACUAUUACAAGACGGUUCGGGAAAUUAUAGAAUUAUCACGGGCUGCGAUUGAAGAACAUUUUCACUAA